AUGGCAGGAGUGCCACAAAAGACACUUGCCUGGCUGUACGAUGUCUUGAAGCAUGAAUACCAACAACCGAAUCGAACGUACUCGGACCUUGCCCAUGUCCUGGCCCGCCAUCCGGGGCUCACCCCGCGGACAGAUGUGUACACAUAUGAGGACGGAGCGUCCGCACUCCUAGUCCACUUCAAAGGCACGAUCCCCGUCAACUUCAGAGGGAAUACGUAUAGAUUUCCGAUCUCGUUAUGGAUCCCACAUGCCCACCCAUACGAGCCGCCCAUCUGCUAUGUGACGCCGACGGAGGACAUGAUGAUAAGACCCGGGCAACAUGUUGGGGGUGAUGGGAAGAUAUACCAUCCAUAUCUUGCGCACUGGAGGGAAACAUGGGAGAGGUCAAAUGUCGUGGACUUUCUGUCUAUACUAUCGGAUGUCUUUGCAAAGGAGCCUCCUGUCAUGUCACGGACACCUCAGCAGCAGCAGAGACCCGUUCAACCGACACCACCCCCUGUCCCGCCUCUGCCCAGGGAAAUCCAGCAACACCAACCUCAUCUGAACGUGCAUGGCUCAAGUCCAACAGCACAGACAGGAGCUCCUCCACCACUGCCACCUCUCCCCAAACAACCAACUCAAGGUUAUCCGCCGCAAAGUCCAACGAGUCCAGCAUCGGCGUACCAACAACAUGGGAGGUAUGACGGUCCACCUCCUCUGCCACAGAGUUCCGGAGGGGCACCCUCGAGAUCGCAGCAACCUUACGGCAAUGGGACUGUGCAAAGGUCGGCAAGCGUCACGAAUUAUAUGCCGCAACGAACCAGUAGUUUGAGACAAUCAAUCCCUCCGCAACAACAGCCGCAACCGUACGAACAUCAGCCGCAGCCUCAACUGCCAUAUCGACAUCAACCGCCACGGCCGGGGGAACCACAACAGUUUCCUCCUAAUCAAUUUCCACCGCACUUCCCAGGUCCAUUGAGCUCGCCACCCGGUCAAGGCUAUGAUCAAGGGAGACCUCCAGCUGAUCCAUAUGGACAGCGACAAGCGUCGUUGGAAGAACCUGCACCUCAGCACUAUCCAGAGGGUCAACCACCAGUGGCACAACCCCAUCCCCAACCACAACCACCACACGCCCAUCCUCCGUAUCAACAGCCGUACCAACGUCCGUACCAACGUCCUUACCAAUAUCCCUAUCAACCUCCGUACCAACAUCCUCAAACACAAACACAAACACAACCGCCAUAUCAACAACAGCAACAGCAAUCACAACCCCAACCUUCUAUCAAGCCCCCUCGACCACCUACACCCAAUCUCCUAGACUCGCCAUUCGACAUCCCUCUCCCUUCGGCCACCGGAGCCCCCAACUCGUCACAAACAAGCAACAUCCCGGCCCCACCGAUCCCUCGCAACCCAGAAAAGGAAGCUCUCCUGACGCACCUCUCCCAUCAAAUCACGCAGUCACUACACUCCCAAAUCGAGCAAUCCAGCGCGGCACUUGGCCCAUUAUCCUCACAACAUGCGGCCAUGCAAUCGACCCUACAGGCUCUCAGCGCGGAAAUGAAUGACCUCCAGGCCUUAAACGCGACAGUGUCGUCGAACAUUUCGCUGCUGUCGACGUCGCUGGCCAAAUCCGACGCCGUCAUUUCCUCGGCCCGCAAACGCGCCCAGCAGAACGACGUGCCGCGCGUCGACGAGAUGCUGGUCCCGCCGACCAUCGUGGCCCGACAGCUCUACGACGCCGCAUGUGAAGAGAGGGGGAUCGAGGCGGCCAUUCUGGCGCUACAGGAAGGGUUUGUGCGCGGGCGGAUCGCGAGCGACGUGUGGGCUAGACGGACAAGAGAUCUGGCUAGAGAGGAGUUCAAGCGCAGAUGGAUGGAGAGGAAGGUGGCCAAAGGCAUGGGUUUGGAUUUGUCGGUCUAUGGCCAGGAAUGA